AUGCCAAAGAUCAGACAUUCACGAACUAAAAAACCUCCACAAGGCUUCGAAGACAUCGAACCAGUUUUAUUGGAAUUUGCUCAAAAAAUGAAAGAUGCUGAAAACGAACCACAUGAAGGAAAACGUCGUGUUGAAUCUUUAUGGCCAAUAUUUCGAUUACACCAUCAGAGAUCGCGUUAUAUAUAUGACCUUUAUUAUAAACGAGAGGCCAUCUCAAAAGAAAUUUAUGAUUAUUGUUUAAAAAACGGUUAUGCUGAUGGAAAUUUAAUUGCAAAAUGGAAGAAGAAGGAUCAAAAAUCAAAACAGAAAAGACUUCAAGAAGAACAGGAAGGUGAAGAGGUGGAAGGUGAAGGUGUGGAAGAGCAGCACCAACGACAAUUAAAUCAAUAUAUGGCAGCUCAACAAGAAACAUAUGGAGAAUCAUCUUCGCAGUCAACAUUAGCUACAGAUUCAAGAGUUGAUGCAGUGGAGGUAAAGAUAAAAAAAUUGGAUGCAGAACUUGUCAAAUACAAAGAUCAAAUGAAGAAGAUGAAGGAUGGGCCUGCAAAAAAUACGGUCAAGAGCAAGGCGUUAAGAGUUCUUAAACAAAAAAAAUUGUAUGAAUCACAACGAGAUCAACUUCAACAACAAUCAUUUAAUAUGGAGCAAGCGUCAUUCACCACAGAUAAUCUACGUAAUGUGAUGACCACCGUUGAUGCGAUGCAAACCGCCAAUAAAGAGAUGCAAAAGCAAUACAAAAAGAUUGAUAUUAAUAAAAUCGAGCAAGCUAAUGAUAUACAAGAAACACUUGGUAGAACGUAUGGGCUUCCUGAAGAUAUUGAUGAAAAUGAAUUAGAAGCAGGUUUGGAGAUUAUCUUGGAAAAUAUUAUUUUGUAG